AUGGCUCCUAUUCUUCAAUCUCUCCUUAUGGCUUCCAUGGCUGUCUUGGUUUUCGCCAACGUCAUGAAGUAUCCCGAAGUUGUUCCAGGUCCUAGUCUCCCCAGCCUGGAAGAAGUCGGCCUCACUUCAGCUCAGUUGUAUCAGAUGGGCAGGCCCAAGUCCCUCUCAUCUGCAUCUACUCCUCCUUCCGCCGCCGCCGCUCACACUGGAUGUGGCCCUACCGAUUCUGCCUAUGCCAAUGUCAAUGAUGUUAUUGCCUGCUACCACUACUUGAACAACCUUGGAGACCAGGCUUGCCAUGUUCCAGGUGAUUUCCACACAGUAAUUUUCUGUGUCGCCGGCGGUGCCGCAAUUGGCGGACAAGGUCUUAGAGGCGAUACUGACCACUCUUGCCGUGAGGUCGCCGCAGCAGCUUUGUGGGCUGUUGAUCACUGUACUCGUAGUGAUCAAUCCGUUGCUGGUUUCCAAUCCGUUGCUGGAGAUGACGAUGUGGUUGUUGUUGAUGCUAACCGCGUCUACCUCGGUGCUUCGUAA